ACACACUUCUGGCCAUGCUUUUAUUUACUACCGGUUCGACAAGAUAUCAAUGGCCGCCUCCAUAAACUCCGACAGCAUGAAAAAUAUGUUGCAAUUUAUGAAACUUAUUGGGCAACUGAAACGCGUGCCACGGACGGGCUGGGUGUACAGGAACGUGAAACAGCCGGAGAGUGUGUCUGACCACAUGUACAGAAUGUCCAUGAUGGCUCUGACGAUAGCAGAUCACAACGUCAAUAAAGAAAGGUGCAUGAAGUUGGCCUUGGUUCAUGACAUGGCAGAAUGCAUUGUGGGUGAUAUUGCACCUGCAGACAAUGUUAGUAAAGCAGAGAAACACAAAAGGGAAGAGGAAGCAAUGAGGCACCUCACUGGUCUUCUCCAGGAGGGCUUGAGGAAAGAGAUCUAUGAACUCUGGGAGGAGUAUGAGAGCCAGACGAGCGCUGAGGCUAAGCUGGUGAAAGAGUUUGACCUGCUAGAGAUGAUUCUGCAGGCCCACGAGUACGAGGAGCUGGAGGGGAAACCAGGCAGGCUACAGGAGUUCUUUGAUUCUACACAAGGCCGAUUCCACCACCCAGAGGUAAUCCAGUUUGUGAAGAGUCUAAAUGAAGAGAGAGCUGGUCACUUGGCAGCUGGAGGUGAUGGGUCGUCUGGGAGCUCAGAGUCCAAGAAACCAAGGACCGACUCCUGACUUUAACAUUUCCACUGAAUGAUGCUACACUCCGCUUGUGUCAAUGAUGUUGUGGUAGCCACUGUUCUAACUGAUCCUCACAUUACGUGGUAGAAUGUUGUCAUGGAAACCUGGUUCUGGUUGGUGAGUUGUAGCAAAAGAUGGGCUAUCCUAGAAAACAAAUGUGUGCCCUGUUUUACUCCCAAACUGCUAAUUUUAUUUGACAUAGAUGGACAACAUUUACAUUUAAGUCAUUUAGCAGACGCUCUUAUCCAGAGCGACUUACAAAUUGGACAAGACUUUGAAAGUCAUUUGUCUAUAUUGAACGUUUCUGGAUGUGCACAUAUUUCGGCUGUACAAUUCCUGUGAUGCAUCAGAAGAUGCACCUAUUUUGUUUUGAGUUGUUUGACCUCUUAAGCUGAGGCUUCAUUAAAACCAUUGGUUAUAAUUAUUA